ACGACGCACUUUUUAAGUUCCAUCGCUAUUGGGAAACCGGGCCCAAACCCGCGAGACAACAACCCGGUCUCCCCUACAUGCCGUCGGCGUCUGUUACGCGUGAAUGAUAUUAAAGCUUGGUGGGUUCUCCCGAAGCGCUGUGGGCUAAUUCGUGAUGUAAAAGGAAGUCGGCUAACAAUAGUGGGUGGCUUCCAACAACCUGACAGCAGUCCUAGUCUGACACUUUAUUCAUUGAGCGUUGGGAUCCGUUGCGUUUGGUUCACUAUCACCGCCCCGAAGGUUGCAUUUGGAAAGCUGUCUCUGGAGUGUUUGGUCGGUUUAUGUGACUUUCUAAAUCACGUUGUCAUUGGAUUUUAAACUCUUGUCAUCAGCAGCUCGAUAGCCAUUAAAGAGUGAAUCGUCUGACAUGCCGAAAAAGAAGAUGGACGGUUUCGGAUGGUGUUGGAUGGUCAUCUGUCUCCUACUGUGCACUCCCACUGAUAUCUUUGUUGUGGCUAGCCCAGAGGUGAACGAGACCCAGGAGUACGUACCGGUGAAUGUUUACCACGACACAGACGUCACCAGGAAAAAGAUUGUGACCGCCCAGUUUGAGUGCUACCAGAAAAUCAUGAAAGAUAACGACCACAACAAAAUAGGUUUCUUCUCUGAUGGUUUCUAUGCUGCAGGGCCAGUGUGUAACCGGACUUGGGAUGGGUGGCUGUGCUGGGACGACACAGAGGCAGGCUUCACUUCAGAGCAGUACUGCCCUGACUACUUCCAGGACUUUGACCCCUCAGAAUUGGUGACAAAAAUAUGCAGUGACAACGGCCACUGGUUUCUGCAUCCCGAGAGCAACCGAACAUGGACCAACUACACACGAUGCAACGAGCAUACUAAUGAAGGCAGAAUGACUGCCAUGAAUUUAUUCUACUUGGCCCUCAUCGGUCAUGGCUUAUCCCUGACAUCCCUAUUAAUUUCCCUGGGAAUAUUUUUCUAUUUCAAGAGUUUAAGUUGUCAACGAAUCACUCUCCACAAAAACCUCUUCUUCUCCUUUGUAUUGAACUCGGUCAUUACCAUCAUCUGGCUGACCGCUGUGGCGAAUAACCAGGAGCUGGUACAAAGAAACCCUACAAGCUGUAAAGUGUCCCAGUUUAUCCAUCUUUAUCUUUUUGGUUGCAACUAUUUCUGGAUGCUUUGUGAAGGGAUAUACCUGCACACCCUCAUCGUUGUUGCUGUGUUUGCUGAGAAACAGCACUUGAUGUGGUACUAUCUUCUCGGCUGGGGCUUUCCUCUAAUUCCAGCAUCUAUACAUGCAAUCGCUCGCAGUUACUACUACAAUGACAAUUGUUGGAUAAGCUCCAACACUUCACUCCUCUACAUAAUCCAUGGGCCCAUCUGUGCUGCUCUGUUGGUGAACCUGUUCUUCCUGUUGAACAUUGUGCGUGUCCUGAUCACCAAGCUGAAGGUGACCCACCAGGCUGAGUCCAGUCUCUACAUGAAGGCGGUGCGCGCCACCCUGAUUCUGGUACCUCUCCUGGGGAUCCAGUACGUCCUGUUGCCCUACAAACCAGAGGGACGGGUCUCCUCUGAGAUCUACGACUACAUCAUGCACAUCUUAAUGCAUUAUCAGGGUCUGCUGGUAGCCACCAUCUUCUGCUUCUUCAACGGAGAGGUGCAAGGGGUUCUGAGGAGACAUUGGAACCAGUACCGUAUCCAGUUUGGAAGCACCUUCGCCCACUCAGAUGCCAUGCGGUCUGCCUCGUACACUGCUUCGUCCAUCACCGAGGUCCAGGGCUGCUACAGCAUCGACAGCCACACAGAACACUUGAACGGCAAGGGGGCCUGCCUCGACAUCGAGACCUCCAUCUUAAAAUCAGAGAACCCGUUCGCCUGAGGAUAGGAUGACUCUUUUUCGGAAUGGUGGGGAAGGGGAGGCUGCAGUUUGUUACUAGGUUUCCUGGGUUAACCGAGGGAGGGGAGAAAUAAGGGAUUAACAACAGAAACGUUCGGCCACUUGUAUACGCACUGGGGAAAAAAAUGUUUUUUUUUACCUUUGAUUAACACAUUGAAAUGGGCACUUAAUUGUUUUAUCAGCUUAGUGAGAAUCACUUUUUGCAAAACUUUUUCAAGUAUCCAUGUAUGAAGCUUCUUUGCUGCUUUUCAGAGGAAGCCAAAUGUUUAUAUUCUGGUAAUUUAUCUUAAAGCAUUCAAGUGUUACGCAGUCCUUUUAACAUGACUGUACAUAAACAAUGUAAAAAGGAGGUUUGACAAUCCAAAUUAAGAUAUUAUCAGUUCAGAUAAAGCCUGGGUGUUUGCCCAAAAGUAUUAUUUGUGAUAUGCCAAGCCAAGAACCACCCUUGUCGGCUAUUUUUAUACACAACAAUUAAUGCCACUAAGAACUAGGCUCUCUGAGGCUAUUAUCUGUGUUUCUCUAGCUGAAUUUAAGCUCAAGUUAAGGGCAAAGUUACACAGAUAUACAGUGCAGUCCCAUGUUGGUAGUUAAUAACUUUUGAAAAGGUACAUGCUUUACCAUUAUCAACUAUCGUCAUUUAUGCCAAUAUCUGUCCUGUACAACUGAAUGUUACUUCAAUUAUGAAGUUUGGUUCUGGCACUGUUUUAAAUCUACGGAAUAAAUAUUUAUAGGUUAAACCUUACAUUCCCCUCAGUGGCAAAGGGUAAAACAUAGUGUUUAUUGUAAUAUAUGUCUGGCACAUACUGUAUGUUCAUAUAUUCUAAAUUCCAUAUAAUUUCCACUGUUCACUAUCGGAAUCAUUCAUGUGAAUUUCACUACUUUUUAAAUGAUUGUUUUCAUCCAAAUGCUGGAAACGACUCACAAUCAGAUUAUGUAAAGUAUGUGGACACCCCUUCAAAAUGAGUGGAUUUUGCUAUUUCAGCCACAACUGUUGCUGACAGGUGUAUACAAUCGAGCAUACAGCCAUGCAAUCUCCAUAGACAAACAUUGGCAGUAGAAUGGCCCGUACUGAAGAACUCAGUGACUUUCAGCGUCGCACCGUCAUAGGUUGCCACCUUUUCAAAGAGUCAGUUCGUCAAAUUUCUGCCCUGCUUGAGCUGCCCCGGUCAACUGUAAGUGCUGUUAUUGUGAAGUGGAAGCGUCUCAGAGCAACAACGGCUCAGUCGCGAAGUGGUAGGCCACACAAGCUCACAGAACGGGACUGCCUAGUGCUGAAGCCCUUUGUGAGUAAAAAUUGUCUGUCCUCGGCUGUGACACUCACAACCGAGUUCCAACUACCUCUUGAAGCAAUGUCAGCACAAGACCUGUUCGUCGGGAGCUUCGUGAAAUGAGUUUCUAUGGCUGAGCAGACGCAAACAAGCCUAAGAUCACCAUGUGCAAUGCCAAGCGUCAGCUGGAGUGGUGUAAAGCUCACCACCAUUGGACACUGGAGCAGUGGAAACACGUUCUCUGGAGUGAUAAAUCACACUUCACCAUCUGGCAGUACGACGGACAAAUCUAGGUUUUGUGGAUGCCAGCAGAACGCCACCUGCCAGAAUGCAUAGUGCCAACUGUGAAGUUAGGUGGCGAAGGAACCAUGUUUUUCAUGGUUCGGGCUAGGCCCCUUAGUUCCAGUGAAGGGAAAUCUUAACACUACAGCAUACAAUGACAUUCUAGACGAAUCUGUACUUCCAACUUUAUGUCAACAGCUUCGGGAAGGCCCUUUCCUGUUUCAGCAUGACAAUGCCCCUGUGCACAAAGUGAUACAGAAAAGGUUUAUUGAGAUCAAUGUGGAAGAACUUGACUGGCCUGCACCUUGCCCUGACUUCAACCGCAUCGAACACCUUUGGGAUGAAUUGGAACGCCAACUGCGAGCCAGGCCUAAAUGCCCAACAUCCGUGCCCAACCUCACUAAUGCUCUUGUGGCUGAAUGGGAGCAAGUCCCCGCAGCAAUGUUCCAACAUCUAGUGGAAAGCCUUCCCAGAAGAGUGCAAGGUGGACCAGCUACAUAUUAAUGCCCAUGAUUUUGGAAUGAGAUGUUUGACAAGCAGGUGUCCACAUACUUUUGUAUGUUGUAAAUCUUGCAGUGCAGAAAUGCAAUUAAGGUGAGUGCUUUAUGUACAUAUACUGUAUAUAUUUACACUGUAUUUACGGGUGUAUACGAGGCAUUCAAAUAUGAAGCAGCUGUCAUAUAGAAGUGUGUGGGAGGUUGUCAGCAGGAAGUUGUUUUUUACAAUUUUGAUGCUUUUACUGAUCAUUAGCCAUCGGACUGACAUUCAAAUGAAUUGUCUCUGCCAUUUCUGCUAGCUUUCCACAAGGGUACAAACAAAGCCAUUCCUCCACUUUGCAAUUGCACUCUGAUAGAGGGUGAAUGAUGCCUGAAUUGCAUCUGUAAAUUCCAGCAAGGAAAGUUGUUUUGGCCAUCCCAGGCAUCUACCACUUGAACAUUAUAAUCAUAAUCAUACAGUGAGCGUUGGUAACUAAACAGAUACUAUUACACAGCUCAAGUGUGUGUGUGUGUGUGUAGUGUGGCAUGGAGACAAGAAGACAUGUCAAUACCAACUCUCAGAUAAAUCUCUAUAUUAGCUGCCAGUACUUCUGGCAAGUAAAUUCCAUGCAUCCUGUUUCAUAACAUUUGUUAGAAUGUGACGUGGACUGCAGGACAGUUUCUUAUUAAAGAACUUAAUGAUAUCUUAAAACUGUAUUCAGAGGUGUUUUCAUAUUAGACGACUUUGACAUUUGAAGUAGCACUUACUACGAAGAAAAGUAUUUUCAAGGAUAAUGUCUGUAUUGUAUGUUAAAAAUGUACUGUGUAUAUAUAUUUGGAAGUCUACACACCCUGACUCCACUUGACUGUAUGGGUGUAAUUUGUAUGUGUUUUAUUCUUUGGAUGUGAAAAUAUAUAUUUGUGAAACAUUCAUUUUUCUUUGUUAUUUUUUAUAUUCUCUAUUUCAACAGAAAAAAAUAAGAUACACUGACGUUUUUUUUAAUUUAAUAGGAAAGUCACGUAAUGUCAAGGUAUUGUGACGUGGAAUCUACGUGAAAAAUACAUUGGAUUUUUAAAAAUG